ACGUGAUAUUUUGUAUUUAAUUUAUUAAACCGCGCUAAACGUUACGGAGAAAAACAACUCGAUUUAUGUACCGUAACGGUAUGCCGAAUCAAAGCGGAAUACAAGUGUGCAUCUGAUUGUUAAUAAUUUUAUGCAAUUUUUAAGUUUAAUUGCACUUAAUUAUUAUGGAAAAAGGCAACGUCUGAGGGAAAAAAAGAAAUAAGUGACAUUAGAUGUAAACAGAUUUAACAAAACAGCUCUAGCAGCCAAAUGGAAAACACAGAGGUGAAAAAGACAAGACUUACUGUAACGAAAGCGAAUUCGUUCAGUGUAAAACCUUCGGAAAAAUAUAUUAGGCAACCAAGGACUAGCGUAUCGGAUCCAUUGCUGAAAGCUCAAAUUGAAAAGCACGAAGCAUUUAGAAGAGAAUGCUUGUCGAAAGCAAUACAGUGGAACUUGCCUGACAUAGUGGACAGAACCAAACCACACAAGCGUAUACCACUACCUGACGGACUAAGCGAUGAGGAGAUUUCCUUUAUUCAAAGCAGAUGUCAAAGAAAAAACAACAAUUUAAGGAAGCUAUUAAUUGUUCUUGUGAAGAAAGAUUUCGUGACAAUGACAAGAUGGGUAAGCAGUAAUUUGGACGAAGAUGUUCAAAAGAUGAUACAAAAUACCUAUGAAGAAUUCCGUGAUGAAGAACGCAAUAAAAGCAGAUAUAGAUGUCUGCGCUGUCGGAUUGUGUUGGUCACGUGCGUUAGAGCAGUGGCGGACGAAUUGAAAAGUGCAGAAAUUUUAUCGGACGAACUUUAUAUCAAGGUUAUCGAUACCGGUCUCAAGGUUGGGGCUCAAGAAACACUUUGGAAUAAUGUCUUUGAGGAAUGCAAAUGCUCAGAGAGUCAACAUGAAGUGCAUUGUGUCUUUAAGGUUGUUUUCUCAAACCUAAUUGAAAAAAGUCCUGGUAAGGUAAAGAAGGAUUACGAAGCUAUAUAUGAUGACAUUUCCAAACUGUAUAAUUAUUCCCCAGAUCUACUAGUCUGCCAAUGUCGUAAAUUAUGCUCAUCAGGAUUUCACCCUGUUUCAUGUGUCAAGCGUUUCACGACAGGGCCAUGUAAUCUGACUCAUAGUUCAAACCAAACAUCUGACACAUCUGUCUCAACACAGACUUGUUUGAACGAAAUAACGACGACGACUGAGCGAUUGGCGAUGUCAGCAAACCAAGAAAACCAAAUUCAAGCUGGAAAACUAGAUUCAGACAUUCCAGACAUAAGACCCAUGUCAAUAAUUUCGGAAUCCAGUAUUUCUUCAAUAAGUUCACAUUCCACUGGAAGCAAUGACUGCUACGCCAGUAGCGAGUUUUCAGAUGAUGAUUUUGGACAGUCUUCAAACAAUGUAUAUGUGAACUUUCCGACUUUAAGCAAAAGACGAGAGAAAGGAACAGAGAAACGAAAUUCAUCCCAUAAUGUGGACCAUGCUGUUAAGAUAAGGAACGCGUCGUUACAUCUUAUGUCUGCUAUGCACUUAGGAAAACCUUCACCCGCAAGUACAAUUCCUCAGCGCGUAAUAAAUACUAGAAUCUGCAACAAAGCGGAGGACCGUAGACAAUUUUUUGAAAUAAAGAACGCAAAACAUGUGUACGUUGGAAGUUCAGUGGCCAAUGGCUGUUCUUUUAGUGAUUCGUCAACUGAAUAGCCAGACAUAUGUGCUGCAAUAAGAUAAUAAGAAAUGCAUGUGACUAAGUGUGGUUUAGUAGUAGUACUGUACAGCUAUUUCAAUGUCAAAUCAUGAAGUUAAUUAUUAUUUAAAAAUAUAUGUUAUUACAAAGUCAACCAUCGUUUAUAGUAAUAUAUGUAUUUGUGUCAGGAACAUAUAUAAUGAUGCCGGUGUUGUUGUGCUAUUUUAAGAAAACAUACUCAGUGAACAGUAUCACUGUAAAAGCACUUCCUGCGGUCUAUGUAACGGUAAAAAUCAAGUUAAACAUGUAUACAUACGGUCAUAUAUGCGUUAAUAAUAAGGAUGAAUGAUGGAUGUUUGUCUAGAGCACAUUUGUAUAUGAAUUGUGUGCAAAGACUUUCGGUAAAGGUUGCAAAGUGAAAUGAUUUAUAUGUAUUGUAUUUAACAUUUACACAAAAAACACUCAUGUACCGUCAACCCAUUUACAUAUCGUUUUAUUUGUGUAACACUUGACUUCAGAAAAAUGUCAACUUAUAUGCAAUUGUAUGUGCAGUUUUGCUGGAAUAACCAAUGAUUCUAGGUGACCAUCCUUGUUUGUUUAUAUUGCAUAUAAUUUUAUGUACAUUUGAUGUUCACGUGAUCUGAAAUUAAUGUAUAUUUUGCUCAUGAUAAAUUGUUAGCGCUUAACAUAUGAAAUCCACUUAUAUUCUUCAAGUGACGUUUUGCAUAAAUAAAUACUAUUAAAUGUCUCGAAAGGCAAGAAGUCCCACAUAUUAUUAAAAAAAGGACGCAUUCGUAAAAAUGCAAGCUAUCUAAUGUAAUAACAUAGGGGGUGCGGGUGGGGGCAAGGAACGGAAAAAAUGCGGCUUAUAAUUGAAUUCUGACUGCGAUGGUGAGCAUGCAAAUAUUGUCUACGCUCAAGAUUUUUAUUUCAGGUACAUUAGUGUCAUGCUUAACACUUUAAACUUGCAUCGUACAUUAAGAUGUGUGUUUUUCCUCCAAUAAUUUUGUAUUUAAACAUGAUUUAGCAUCAUAAUUAUACGUACUAAUAAAAUGUUUUACAAAUUUCUCUUAUCUUAAGAGUAAUACUUAUGACUUCUAAAAAAAUAUCAGGAGAGUAAUUCCUGUCUAGGUCAGAUAGUAUUACAUAGUAAAGAAUAUACGAUACACGCUAAAUUAACCAUAAAACACUCUUUUUAUAUUAAUGAAACUGGCUGGGGUCAUCGCAUUUGAACGGUCAAUGCAAAUCACUAGAUAGAUGCUAGAAUAACAUUACACUUAGAUCGUAAUUAAUCAUAAAACAUACGCUUGUAUUCCGCCAAAUUAUGAUACAGCCGUUAUAUAUGUCCAGCAUGGUAUAUUGCAGUUAGAGUUAUUAACAAUUACAUGUGUUCAGGCUUACAGUUAAAUAUAAUUUUAAAACGAUUAAAGUGACUUCAAAUUAAGACAUGCAAUGAAAAUUAAUCGACUUGGAAUGAGAAUAGAAAACUUGAUAAACUAUUUGAUUUCUCGUGUGUCGUUGCCAUCGAUAAAACAUUUGAAACUAUUAAUGGCCGAUACAUUUAAU